AUGUCUCUGCCGCUACUGCCGCCGCCUGCCGCCGCCCGUGACCCGGUGACCCCGGAGGUCCGUCUGGGGCCCGUGACCCCGGAGCACCCGGCAUCCGGACACCCCUCGCAGGCGCAGCCGCUAUUAAGACAGGAGGCUAAAGGGGAGGAGGAGGAAGGGGAGGAGACAGGCGUCCAGGGCGCCUGGGGAAACGGCACGGCGGAGCAGCGGCGGCGGGGCUGGGGGGAGGCCGCUGAAGCGGUCGCGGCCGAGGAGGUGCAGGUAGAGGCCGGGGGCACCGCGGGGUCAGGCUCCCCGGCGGGCGGCGCGGGUGGCGGCCGCGGGGACUGGCGGCCGCUCCUCGCCUGGCUGCUGUGGCGGCGGCAGCUCCAGUGCUGCCCCUGUGCGGCGCCCCUUCCCCGCUCCGCCGCGCGCUGUUGUCAUGGAGGAACCAAGAUGGCGGCUCUGGCCUACAACCUGGGCAAGCGGGAGAUCAACCACUACUUCAGCGUGAGGAGUGCCAAGGUGCUGGCGCUGGUGGCCGUGCUGCUGCUCGCACUGUGCCACCUCGCCUCCCGCCGCUACCGAGGAAAUGAUUCAUGUGAAUACCUUCUCUCAAGUGGCAGAUUUCUUGGAGAGAAAGUUUGGCAACCUCACAGCUGUAUGAUGCAUAAGUACAAAAUCAGUGAAGCGAAGAACUGCCUUGUAGAUAAACAUAUUGCAUUUAUUGGAGAUUCCAGAAUUCGUCAAUUGUUUUACUCUUUUGUAAAAAUAAUUAAUCCCCAAUUUAAAGAAGAAGGAAAUAAGCAUGAAAACAUUCCUUUUGAAGACAAGACUGCAUCAGUUAAAGUGGAUUUUCUGUGGCAUCCAGAGGUUAAUGGUUCUAUGAAACAGUGUAUCAAAGUGUGGACUGAGGAUUCUGUUGCAAAGCCCCAUGUGGUUGUAGCAGGAGCUGCCACAUGGUCUAUUAAAAUUCACAAUGGCAGCAACGAAGCACUUUCCCAAUAUAAAAUGAACAUUACCUCCAUAGCACCACUUUUAGAAAAAUUGGCAAAGACUAGUGAUGUGUAUUGGGUCUUACAAGAUCCUGUUUAUGAAGAUCUAUUAAGUGAAAAUAGGAAAAUGAUCACUAAUGAGAAGAUAGAUGCCUACAAUGAAGCUGCAAUCAGUAUUUUGAAUAGCAGCACCAGAAAUUCUAAAUCGAAUGUUAAGAUGUUCAGUGUUUCCAAAUUAAUUGCUCAAGAAACCAUCAUGGAAUCUUUGGAUGGCUUACAUCUUCCUGAAUCAAGCAGAGAAACUAGUGCAAUGAUUCUUAUGAACGUGUAUUGCAAUAGGAUUUUGAAGCCUGUAGAUGGUUCCUGUUGUCAACCUCGGCCUCCUCUUACUCUCCUACAGAAGCUAGCUGCUUGUUUUUUCACUUUAUCUAUUAUUGGAUAUUUAAUUUUUUAUAUAAUUCAUCAUAACGCUCAUCGGAAGAAUAAGCCUUGUACUGAUUUGGAAAGUGGAGAAGAAAAGAAAAAUAUUAUCAAUCCCCCUGUGUCUCCAUUAGGAAUACUUUUACAGUCUUUCUGCAAACUUGGCCUGAUCAUGGCUUAUUUCUAUAUGUGUGACCGUGCAAAUCUAUUUAUGAAGGAAAACAAAUUUUAUACACAUUCAACUUUCUUUAUUCCAAUUAUCUACAUCUUGGUUUUGGGAGUAUUUUACAAUGAAAAUACUAAGGAGACUAAAGUGUUAAAUAGAGAACAAACAGAUGAAUGGAAAGGCUGGAUGCAACUUGUGAUUUUGAUUUAUCAUAUCUCUGGAGCAAGUACAUUUUUGCCUGUGUACAUGCACAUUCGGGUUCUGGUUGCUGCGUAUCUAUUUCAGACAGGGUAUGGGCAUUUCUCAUACUUUUGGAUCAAAGGAGACUUUGGAAUCCAUAGAGUAUGUCAGGUCUUAUUUCGUCUCAAUUUCCUGGUAGUGGUGUUAUGUAUAGUAAUGGAUCGGCCUUAUCAAUUCUAUUACUUUGUCCCCUUGGUCACUGUAUGGUUCAUGGUCAUAUAUGUUACUUUAGCACUAUGGCCACAGAUAAUCCAAAAGAAAGCAAACGGAAAUUGUUUCUGGCAUUUUGGCUUACUGUUGAAACUAGCCUUCUUGCUGUUAUGUAUAUGUUUUUUGGCAUAUUCUCAGGGUGCAUUUGAGAAGAUCUUUUCUCUUUGGCCAUUGUCCAAGUGUUUCGAACUGAAAGGCAAUGUAUAUGAAUGGUGGUUCAGAUGGAGGUUAGAUCGUUACGUAGUCUUUCAUGGGAUGUUGUUUGCUUUCAUUUAUCUGGCUUUACAGAAGCGCCAAGUACUUUCUGAAGGAAAGGGUGAACCUCUUUUUUCAAACAAAGUUUCAAAUUUUCUAUUAUUUAUUUCAGUAGUUUCUUUCUUGACCUAUUCCAUCUGGGCUAGCAGUUGUAAAAACAAAGCAGAGUGCAAUGAACUCCACCCAUCUGUUUCUGUGGUACAGAUUUUAGCCUUCAUCCUAAUAAGGAAUAUCCCUGGAUAUGCCCGUUCAGUUUACAGUUCAUUUUUUGCUUGGUUUGGAAAAAUUUCAUUAGAGCUAUUUAUUUGUCAGUAUCACAUAUGGCUGGCAGCAGACACAAGGGGUAUCUUGGUACUCAUACCUGGAAACCCUAUGCUCAACAUCAUUGUCAGCACUUUCAUAUUUGUCUGUGUGGCACAUGAAAUUUCUCAGAUCACUAAUGAUCUUGCACAGAUUAUUAUUCCUAAAGAUAACUCAUCUCUGUUGAAAAGAUUGGCAUGUAUAGCUGCAUUUUUUUGUGGACUCCUCAUCUUAUCAUCUGUUCAAGAUAAAUCAAGACAUUAGGAUACUAAAACCUUAAACUCUUCAGAUUAACUUUGUGUCUACCUGGAGGAGAACAGCAUCUAUCUGAAGAUACAAAUGUAUAUGUAAAUAAAAAUUUGUGUGACAAGAAGAUAGCUCAGUGACAUCUAUUCAACAUAUGUGGUUGUAUAUUUUGGAAAUGUACAUAUAUGAUGUGAAAUACUGAAGAAAAUUGAAGCAGAGUGCAUUGUAUAGGACUGCAUGUGAAAAGUCUUUUCUACUGGAUCUGUAUUUCCUUUUAUAAGUGAUUUUAAGUUAACCUAUGAAGGCAGGGAAAUAACACACCACUGAGUGUUUUGAUAUUUACUAAAUUUGUGGUAAUAAAAUUGUAUGCACCUAUAUUCAUCAUGGAACUUCCUAUUUCGUUGAAAACUUUCUUACUCAAGAAAGACUGCAAUAUUGUUUUCUUACAUGUGCAAUGAUGUGGAAUGACAAACAGUAUGUCUUCUGUGUUCAUGUUCUGAUUGUUACGUUUCCUGACAUGAGUUUUCUUCCUAACUAUGGUUUUCAGGUAUAUAAGCCUAAAAUCUUUGUACACUUUGUCUCAAAUUUGUUCUAGGCUCCAUGACAGGGUUUUGUCAUUGAUACUGUUGUAGCUUUUUAUAAAAAGGCCAUUUUUUUCUUUCUAGUCCAAACAUUCACCUGUUUCCUUUCUUUAAGCUAUACCAGUGUAAUCCCAGUUACCCUGUGGAUCCAUUGAAUAUGCUUUCCCCCAUCUAAUUUUGUAUAUUAUUUCCAAUGUUUGGAAGCUCUUUAUAACCAUUUUGGUAUUUCCUAUUACUCCCUCCUAUUUUUAAAAAAAUAUUUAUCAACCUAAACUUGUGCAGUGUAGUAAAGAUUCAAGUUAUGUGUGAGAUGUAUAACCAUAAGUAGAAUUUUAAGUAAACCGGUGACCUUGGGCAAUGUAUGUUUUUGGUUUUGUUACAAGCUAACUGUUAGAGGUAUAAAUUUAUUUAUCUGUUGUACAGAUUUGAUUAUAAAUUUUAAUGUUUGAAAGAUUGUAUUUGUUUGCUGUUACUGUGUAUGGGGUAAAAUAUUUUUUGUUCACGGUAUAUGAAAAUAUGGAGUAAUUUAAACAGUAAAUAAACAUUCUGUGGAUGCUUAUUUUUGUAUUGUAAAGUAUCAAUUAAACUGUUUUUUUUUUUAAAGCUG